AUGCACACUCAGGGACACUUGCAAGCUGCACAGUUUCCCUGUCACAUGCCCUCAGCUGUUGGGACUCCCUCUGAUUCCCCAGUGACUAGUGUGGGCCUGGAGACCCCAGCUCAUUCACCUCUUUCCUUUGUCUCCACAGCAUACCCAGUGCUGGGACCAGGCGUGACCAUCAACCCUGGCACCUCUCUGUCUGUGUUCACAACUCUGCCCUUCGCCACACCUGCUCCCGGCCCAGCACAGGGGCCACCCCUCAUGACUGCAGGGGUUCCUACAGGAGGCCCACUGGUGCUGCCUGCCUUCCCCAGCACAUCUCUGGUGGCAGGACAGGAUGGCCACGGCCCAAGUGGGGCCGCGGCUUCCAACGUCUUUGUCCAGAUGAGGACAGAGGUGGGGCCUGUGAAGGCCCCUCAGGCGCAGACCUUGGUCCUAACUCAGGCCCCCCUCGUCUGGCAGGCUCCAGGCACCCUCUGUGGAGGUGUCGUGUGUCCGCCUCCCCUACUCCUGGCAGCUACUCCUGUGGUGCCUGUUAUGGCUGCCCAGGUGGUUGGGGGCACCCAGGCCUGUGAGGGAGGCUGGUCCCAGGGCCUUCCUCUUCCACCACCACCACCACCAGUUGCCCAGAUGCCCCCCAUCGUGUCUCCAGCGAAUACUGGGCCAUGCCCACAAGGGGCUCAUGGAGAGGGCAGCCUGGCUUCCUCCCAGGCUAAGUCCCCGCCGGACAACUCCUGUAACCCCAAGAGUGUCUAUGAGAACUUCCGACUCUGGCAGCACUACAAGCCCCUGGCCCGGAGGCACCUUCCCCAGAGUCCUGACACCGAAGCACUUUCCUGCUUCCUCAUCCCAGUUCUCCGAUCCCUGGCCCGGCGGAAGCCCACCAUGAGCCUGGAGGAGGGACUGUGGCGGGCCGUGCGGGAAUGGCAGCACACAAGCAACUUUGACCGGAUGAUCUUCUACGAGAUGGCGGAAAAGUUCCUGGAGUUUGAGGCUGAGGAGGAGAUGCAGCUUCAGAAAUCGCAACUGAUGAAGGGGCCCCAGUGCCUGCCUCCUCCAGCCCCACCGAGGCUUGAACCUCAAGGACUUCCAGCCCCUGAGGUGGACAAGCAGCCAGUGUACCUUCCCAGCAAGGCUGGCCCCAAGGCCCCGACUGCCUGCCUGCCACCACCCAGGCCCCAGAGGCCAGCGGAGACCAAGGCCCGCCUGCCACCACGCAGGCCCCACCGGCGAGCAGAGACCAAGGCCCGCCUGCCACCACCCAGGCCCCAGAGGCCAGCGGAGACCAAGGUCCCCGAGGAGAUUCCUCCAGAAGUGGUGCAGGAGUAUGUGGACAUCAUGGAGGAGCUGCUGGGGCCUCCCCUCGGGGCCACAGGGGAGCCCGAGAAACAACGGGAAGAGGGCGAAGUGAAGCAGCCACAGGAAGAGGACUGGACAUCCCCAGACCCGGGCCUCCUGAGCUACAUUGACAAGCUGUGUUCCCAGAAGGACUUUGUCACCAAGGUGGAGGCCGUCAUUCACCCCCGAUUCCUGGAAGAAGUGCUUUCCCCAGAUCCACAGAUGGAUUUCUUGGCCCUAAGCCAGGAGCUGGAGCAGGAGGAAGGACUCACCCUUGCCCAGCUAGUGGAGAAGCGCCUCCUAUCCUUGAAGGAGAAAGAGCAUGUGAGGGCAGCCCCUAGUCAUGGCAUGGCCCGGUUGGACUCAAGUUCUUCUAAAUUUGCAGCUGGCCAAGGAGCAGAGAGAGACAUCUCUGACCCCCAACAAGGGGUUGGCAUGGAAACCUGCCCACCCCAGACGGCUGCCCGGGACCCUCAGGGACAAGGCAGAGCCCAAACUGGCAUGGCCAGGUCCAAAGACUCUGCUGUGCUUUUAGGAUGUCAGGAUUCCCCUGGGCUGAGAGCUGCCCGGCCAACCUCUCCUCCCCAGGACCACAGACCCACCUGCCCUGGCCUGGGGACCAAGGACACCUUUGAUAUCCCUGGAGGAUCUCCUGUCAGGGAGUCAAACGGGCUGGCUCAGGGGUCAAAUGAGGAGGAGGAGCUCCCCAGCCUGGCCUUCUUCUUGGGUUCCCAUCAUAAGCUGCUGCCCUGGUGGCUACCCCAGAGCCCUGUCCCUGAGUCAGGCCUUCUCAGCCCAGAAAAGUGGGGACCCCAGAGAACUCUUCAGUCCCCAUCUGCUCCGAGAAGAGGCCUCAGCCUAGCAGCCUCUCCUGCCACAAAGUCCAAGAAGCGACCUCUCUUCAGAAGCGCAUCCCCUGCCGAAAAGACAACCCACCCAGGGCCUGGGCUCAGAGUCUCUGGGGAGGAAUCCCUGGCUUGGGGGCUGGGUGGCCCCUCACAGUCUCAAAAGAGAAAGGGUGACCCUUUGGUCUCCAGGAAGAAGAAGAAGCGGCAUUGUAGCCAAUAGGGGCUUCCGGG